AGGGAGGGGCCGCGCUGUCACAGGUGCCGAUGCGCCCGGGGAGCGUCCCUUCCUCCGGGGCCAACCAGCGUCUCCGCGCCGCCGCGGUCCUCCUCGCCCCAAACCACGCCCCGGGAUGUGGGCGGGUAGCGACGAGGGGAAAAGAGGCAACGUAAGAGUUAUUACCGUUAGCGGCGAAGACGGCGACUAACGUCGACCACGGAGAUUGCGCCUUCCUUCGCUUCCGCCCCGUAGCCCUGGAACCGGAAAUCCGGCUGCCCCGGGUCACGUGCCCAGCCGCCAUAUUGGCCCUGGUGGCGUCUGCAGCUGGGAGAGGGUGUACUAAAGCGGGGCUGUUUCUCUGGGCGUGGUUUGCAGCCUGGAGGAAGGGUCCGUGGAGUGUGAGGGGAGGUGGAGGCGAUGGCGGCGACGGCGCGGGAAGAUGGCGACCGCGGCCAAGAGCGAGGGCAGCGGGGCUGCGAGCACUAUGACAGAGGAUGUCUCCUGAAGGCGCCUUGCUGUGACAAGCUUUAUCCUUGCCGCUUGUGUCACGAUAACAGUGAAGAUCAUCAACUAGAUCGCUUUAAAGUAAAGGAAGUGCAGUGUGUAAACUGUGAAAAAAUUCAGCAUGCCCAACAGACUUGUGAAGAGUGUAGCACAUUGUUUGGAGAAUAUUAUUGUAAUAUAUGCCAUCUGUUUGACAAGGAUAAGAAGCAGUAUCAUUGUGAAAACUGUGGAAUUUGUAGGAUUGGUCCAAAGGAAGAUUUUUUCCACUGUUUGAAAUGUAACUUAUGCCUAGCUAUGAAUCUUCAAGGAAGACACAAGUGUAUUGAAAAUGUUUCCCGGCAGAAUUGUCCAAUAUGUUUGGAGGACAUUCACACAUCUCGUGUUGUUGCUCAUGUCUUGCCAUGCGGACAUCUUUUACAUAGAACGUGUUAUGAAGAAAUGUUGAAAAAAGGCUACAGAUGUCCGUUAUGUAUGCACUCUGCUUUAGAUAUGACUAGGUACUGGCGACAGCUGGAUGAUGAGGUAGCACAGACUCCUAUGCCAUCAGAAUAUCAGAACGUGACUGUGGAUAUUCACUGUAAUGACUGUAAUGGACGGUCCACAGUUCAGUUCCAUAUAUUAGGCAUGAAGUGUAAGAUUUGUGACUCCUACAAUACUGCUCAAGCUGGAGGAUGUAGAAUUUCACCAGAUCAGCAAUGACCAACCUAUAUUGCACUGGAUAAAACAGCAUUUUCUGAUUCAGAAAAAGGCUUUCCUUAGUAUCGUGUUGUUAUAAUGCGUUACAGUCUAUGCAUUUGAGUUGAUGUGUUUUGUACUGGUGUCACAGCAUAAAAUCAUGUUAUAAGUACUUAGGGAUUCAGGGUCUCUUAUAGAAUUAUCAUAGCUCUAUAUUGAAUGAGAGCCACUGCACUUGCGAUUUUGACUGAACAUUCCUUUAUUGUCAGUUGAUUGGAAGCCAAUGAUGUUUGCCACUGAUACUCACAUUCAUUAGAAGUAUGUUACAUUUUCAUGGAACUUUGCUUUAAAUGACAUUGCACGCAGAGUUCAUUUUUAAUUCUUGAUAAAACUGCACUUAAUUCUCAGUAGGGAAUUAAGUAUUAACUUUUUAAGGGCUGUGCUAUGAUGAGAAUAGGUUCCACCUUACUGUUAAAAUCUAAUUACGUAUGCUUUAGAAUUUUCUAAGACAGUCCUUUGGAUCCUCUAAAUGUGAAUUUUGAUGUAAUAACUGCUAAUAAAAUUAUAUUGCAACAG